GAGUUCCCUUGCACAUCCUUCCCAUACUCCUCUGCGCGGCUCUAUCUAAACUCCCUUCCCCCUUCAUUUAGCCUAGACCGAGCUCCCUGCGUGCACCGCGCGCUGCUGAGGCGCAGGUCAACCAGAAUCCACAUGUCUGGGACUGAGGAAGCAAUUCUUGGAGGAGGUGACAGUCAUCCCUCUUCUGCUGGUGGCAACUCUGUAUUAUGCUUUGGACAGUACCAGUACACAGCAGAGGAGUACCAGGCCAUCCAGAGUGCUCUGAGGCAGAGGCUGGGCCCAGAAUACAUAAGUAGCCGCAUGGCUGGGGGAGGCCAGAAGGUGUGUUACAUCGAAGGUCACAGGGUAAUUAAUUUGGCCAAUGAGAUGUUUGGUUACAAUGGCUGGGCACACUCUAUCACACAGCAGAAUGUGGAUUUUGUUGACUUUAACAACGGGAAGUUCUACGUGGGAGUCUGUGCGUUUGUGCGAGUCCAGUUGAAGGAUGGUUCAUAUCAUGAAGAUGUGGGCUAUGGUGUUAGUGAGGGCCUCAAGUCAAAAGCCUUGUCUUUGGAGAAGGCAAGGAAGGAGGCAGUGACAGAUGGGCUGAAGCGAGCACUGAGAAGCUUUGGGAAUGCACUUGGAAAUUGUAUUCUGGACAAAGACUAUCUGAGGUCACUGAAUAAACUUCCACGCCAGUUGCCUCUAGAAGUGGAUUUAACUAAAGCAAAGAGACAAGAUUUUGAACCAUUUGUGGAACAAGCAAGAUACAGCAGCUGCCGACAGAACAUGACUCUGGGACCCACAAAACCACAGGAAGCAACCUCUCCUUGCAGACCAAGCCACUCAGAUGAUCCCCACAUUAUGAUGCAGGGGGAUAAGGACAGCAGAUCCAGAAGCCUGGCGUCCUCUGCUGCGGAGAGUGAUGCCACUUUGCAGCGGAAGCUCCGGCAAAAACAGCUGCAGCAGCAGUUCCGGGAGCAAAUGGAGAAACAGCAGCGAGUUCAGCUAUCUGCUCCAUCCAUUGAAAAGAAGAAUCCAGCAGAGCCACCGGUGCCGCCUUUGAACCACAGCACUCCCAAAGCUGAUGGUGCAGAACCAAUCACCGAGAAAGACUUCCCUGCAGACAGUUUUGAAAUAUGGGAUAUGGUUCCAGAGGCAGGGGACAGUGCUGUCAAGCCCUUGUCUAUACCAGAAUCACACCAGACUGCCGCCACACCAGUCCUGAAGAACCAGAUGGUGACCCGGAGCAGGACCCCACAAAGCCUUUGCCACCAGAAUCCACAAGCAAAAUCGCACCUCCAAACUCCCAACGUUAACCAACACAUAAUAGGAAACUGUGAUUCCUACAGGAAGAACCAGGAGUUGAAGAAAAGGAAAUUGGAUCCAUCUUAACAGAGGCUCAGGUCACCUCACCAGACUGUCACAGAGGGACUUUAGAAAACUGCUUUUUGGCCAUGAAAUUGUUCAUUAUAUUCCUAGGGAAUGAGCUUUAUUUCCAAGGAUUUACUUGGCUUCCUUCUGAACUUUUCCAGAGGAUAUGACUACUGGAGCCUACUGCAGAUAAAGCUGAGCAGCUGGAAAACAAGUACUUUAAAAAGCUUGUUGCGACUCGGCGGCGGUCCCUGAGCCGAUCGGACUUCUCUCGUUCGUGCACCUUGCUCGGCGUCCUCUGCAGCCAUGUCUUACAAACCCGAUAUGGCUGAGAUUGAGAAAUUCGAUAAGUCGAAAUUGAAGAAGACAGAAACACAAGAGAAAAAUCCACUCCCUUCAAAAGAAAUGAACAGGAGAAGCAAGCAGGCAAAUCGUAAUGAGGCACGUGCCGCCAAUAUGCACUGUACAUUCCACAAGCAUUGCCUUCUUAUUUUACUUCUUUUAGCUGUUUAACUUUGUAAGAUGCAAAGAGGUGGGAUCAGUUUAAGUGACUGUGCUGCCCCUUUUCACAUCAGAAUUACUGCCGCUCCCAUCUGCCUGGCUGGCUGGUGGGGAAGGGGGACAACUUGCAUUUUGGUGAAGGAACGAGCUGGGUGGGAUGAAGGUGAAAUCUAGAGUUAAACCAAGCUGGUCCAAGGGGUCCUGCGGGCUGUAAAAUGCAGUUUAAUCAGAGUGCCAUUUUUUUUUGUUCAAAUGAUUUUAAUUAUUGGAAUGCACAAUUUUUUAAAUAUGCAAAUAAAAAGUUUUAAAACCUAGAAAGAAAGAAAAAGAAAAAAGAAAAGCUUGUUGCACAUUGAGUAGGCUUUGGGUAGAUUAAAUACCUUUUCUUGGGCUCUUGAUGCUCAUUAUUUAUUCCUAUUAUAUUAAUAAAUACAGAAAUUUUAGGCAUCACCAGUGGCUGAAAGUAACAUAAGCCAUACUACCAAGCACCAACUUUUAACAACGACCUACAUUACUGGGUGUCUGCCUUUCACUUUAGGGCACCAAGUUCCAAUGUUGCCCACACAAGGACUGUACGUCACGCUUGGAACAAAGUGUGGAGUGGUGUUUGACUCCUGUGCAUCAGAGUCCAGGCUGAUCUUCAUCCAUGUUAACCUCUCAUUUAAUUAGGGGGACAAUGAUGUAAAGCCAAAGAAAAGGAAUUUCAAGAACACAAAAUAAAUCCAUUAUUUGGUAACAAAAUAGAAAACGUAAGUUGCUGUAUAUAGUUCCCCAUUCAGAUGUGUGAUAAACCCAUCUUAACAAUAAAUUGUUUUUCCAUCA